AUGUUAUCUACGACAAAAACAUCGACGGAUAAAUCGGUUCAAGGUGAAUUGGUCCAUACCGAAUCAAAAGACACUUCGAUAAUUAUAAAAAAAUUAAUGCAUGCCACAGUCGUUCCUCAUGAAAAUUUUCAAACUAAAAAUGAAAAGUUCGGAAUGAAAGUAGAACAAAAAGAUUUGAAAGAAACUGAGAAGCAAGAAAGAUCCCAAACUAAAAAUGAAAAUUUCGAAAUGAAAGUAGAACAAAAAGAUUUGAAAGAAACUAGUAAGCAAGAAACACUCCAAACUAAAAACGAAAAAUUCGGAAUGAAAGUAGAACAAAAAGAUUUGAAAAAAACUGGGAAGCAAGAAACACCCCAAAUUAAAAAUGACAAGUCCGAAAUGAAAAUAGAACAAAAAGACUUGAAAGAAACUGGGAAGCAGGAAACACCCCAAAUUAAAAAUGAAAAGUCCGAAAUGAAAAUAGAACAAAAAGAUUUGAAAGAAACUGGGAAGCAAGAAACAUUUCAACUGCUAAAUGAACAAUCAAAAGUUUCAAAGCCAGAACAGCAACAGAUGAAGUCUAAAACCUCAGAAUUGAAAAAUAUUGAAUUAAGAGUGGAAAAACUUAAAAUGGAAGACAAAGAAUCAAAAUGUAGUGUUAAUGUAAACCAAACCGAUAUUCCAAAAUGUAAAAUGAUUCCUAUUGCUGAUAAAUUUGAUGUUUCAAAACCGUCAAAUGUUGCUGUUCCUCGAAAAUGUCCUCCACUUUCUACACCAUUACUGAGUGAACGCCCACUUGUUUUAACAACACAUCUUGUACCUUCAUUACCGAUUAAUUUAUUUGAAGUACUUGUAGAAGCGAUCGAAGUCGCUACUGAAAAACCUGUAGUAUUGUUACACGAACCCAGAAGUGAUAGACCAGUUGCAAAAGAAGUUGCAGAUAUCGCUAUCUUACCAGCAAGUACAGAGUGGAAAGACGGUGUGCUUUUGCCCGUGAGUUUUUGUUUCGAACAUCAUCUUAAUAAAAAUAAUUCAUCGUGUGUAUAUGCUGAUAUUGUUGUGGCUGCAGACCGCGCAUUACAUGUACAAGAUAUCACAGAUCUUCGGGGUCAUAGAUGUUCUCUUCCAGAUCGAAAAAGAAACAUUGGGGCAGCAGCAUUGUUAUUUAACUAUUUAUAUAUGAAAGGUGAAAGUCCAGCUUUUUUCGGCAAUACACUUGAUGCUGAUUCACAAGUUGCUACUUUACAAAUGGUUGCAGGAAAACAAGCUGAAGUUGGAGUUUUAGAAUCUCCUGUUAUUAAGUGCCAUAAAAACACAUUACCAGGAAUCAAUUCACUUCAUAUAUUAACAAGUUUAGGACCAUUGCCACCUUACCGCGUCAUGGUAAAGGGAACACUUUCAGAUGUCCUCAAAAGAAAAAUUACAACUUACUUAUUAAACAUAAAUCAAGACAGGGAAUGGUUAGAUAGAUUCGCUCCUUUCGGUGUUACAGGCUUUACCAAAAAUUUUGAAAAAUUUUACAAGCUCGAUGGCGCAAAAUCUGUAGCUACAAGCGUACCGUACUAUUAAAAAAAUUACAUUAUUCUUAUUGUAUUAUUUAUAAGCAUAUUCGUAAUUAUACAUACAUCAUUUCUUGUGUUUACACUUGUUUGCAUUCUUCUUUCGUGCAUUAAAAGUUUAAUAAAUAUGAUUUUUCAUAUGUA